AUGAUCCGGCACAAAAGUAGCGAGCAAACGGGUGGCUCUCUCGCCGAUGAAGCUCAAGAGGAUCUUCAGAACAAUACCAUUUCAAAUGGAUUAGACUUUGACAAUCCGGGGCAGCUCACCUGCGAAACAUCUUCCGCCUCGUCAACAAGCUCGACUGUCAUUAUGAGCGACAAUGAGUUUUCAAGAGCACUCAACCCAGCGACAAAAAAUGAUUAUACCAUAACCAGAGCUGACGAUGACGUAAAGAGACAAAAUUUUGAAGGCAAGUACCAGUAUUGA